GAAAAAAUUUUAAAAAGUUUCUCCGAUUUUUAAAACUACUGCCCCCCAAGAGCCUCGAUAAAAUAACCGUUGCAUGCCUAUUUGCAAUGGUAGAAAACAUUUUUUUGCAAGGACACAUCUUCAUGUCCUUCUAUCCAUUAAGAGAAAAAUUAAUGUUUCACUCAGCUUGUUGUUCUCCCCGAUAAGAACAUGUUACAUAUUGAGUGAAUGGGUAGUAAAGAAAAGAUGGACGAUAUCGAUUAGUUUUUCAAUUGUAAUUCAAUAUAUGUAAUAAAAAUUAUUUGUAAUUGUUGUUAUUUUUAGAGUAGGUUGGGGUAAUUCGAGACAUUUGAUAGGAGCCCUCUGGAAAUUGAUGAGUACUAAUUAUUCUCAUUGAACUUUAACAAGAUUUUUACAUUAGUAGACAGAAAAAUGUUCGGUAUAUCCUUCUACGAAGUGUCGUUUUCGUCCCGAGUAAAAAUGCUUCAUGUACGCCCAAAAUACUGUGAAAAUUAGAUAGGGUGUCCCGUCGAAUUACUCCAAUCUACUCUAUCUCUGUUUAUUCUAUGUAUUAAAAUUUAUAAAAUUUUUUUGAUGUUAAACGAAAGGAAAUUAUUUAAUGAAACAAAUAAGUUGAGAUUCUUUUUUUUUAUCAUAAAUAAUAAUAUUGAAAAGUUGCAAAAAACAUUUCAGAAAUAGUAUUCAUCAAUCACUUCUAAAUCUAAGAGAACGAUACAUAUUUUGCCGAUUUUUUGUUGAAAAUUUUAUUUUGAACUCUACUGAUGUAUCUUUGUUUCUCUACCAUUCAUUGAUGAUAUAAACCCAUACAAAAGAUUAAAAAAAGAUGUUAUGAAUCUAUAAAAUAUCUACAAUUACAAAUUAGAUAUUUUAUUAAUUAAGAAAAUUUUCUUAUUUAUUUUUUAAAAACAAUAUAUUUUCUAUUUGUAUUUCUUUUAGAUUAAAACAACAUUGUUUUUACUAAAUUAUAAAUUUACUCAUUGUCAAUUGAAAUCAAAUUUAUAUAUGAAUUAUGGUAAGUAUCAAUAAUAAAUAGCUGACUAAUUUCAUUGUUGCCAAUCAUUUUUAACCUUAUCGUUUUUUGUUUUGUUUUGUUUUGUUUUGCUAUAAUUUAUUUAAAUAGAUCUCUUUUUUAUCUUUUCUGAUAAAAGGAUUAUUAUAACACAUCAUUUUUAUUUUUAUGGUUUUCAUUUGUUUAGAAGAAAAUGUUCAUAUUUAAUUAUGUCAUCGAAACAACGUUUAUCCCCAACAAAAACAAUUAAUUCAACAAAUUCAAAUUCAAAUAAAAAAGAGAAUAAUAAUAUUUUAGACAAUGUUAAACAUUGGUCGCAGACAUGUCAUGAUACCAUAUUAUGUAGUAAUAAUAUUAAUGAUGAGUCCUCUACAAAAAGUUUAUUAUUAACGUUAAAUGGUGGCUCAGAUAAUGGACAAUUUGUUUAUUUUGGUGAAACAAUUUUACAAAAUAAUAAAUCAAAUGUGAAAAUAAUUGAAGGUGGUAAAAUAAAUCAAGAUGAAAUAAUAAUUAAAAUUGAUCAACAUAAAGUAGCCGGAUGUACACUAAAAGAUGUUCAAACAUUAAUUCAAACAAAAUCAGCAAAUGGACAAAAAAUUAAAUUAAAAACAUGUAAAACAGCUAUUAAAAGUAAAAAAUGA